UACGGGAACGUUGUGCCACCUUUCGGGCGAUACUUGUGAUAUUAUAGCAAGUGCUAAGGCUCACUGCCAACACGCAACUAGAAUCCUUUGUGCGUGUUAUUAUUCAAAACGUAGGACUAGAACGAUAUAAUACGCGUCUUGAAGGUUUGCGAGUGUAAGAUGCUGACAUCGUGACAGCGAUGAGAGUGAGCGCUGGCAGAGACAUCUAGAGAAGCACCGAGAGACUUUACCGCAUACGAAGGCCCAAGAGUAUGUACAAGGGCGUCGUCCUUUGCAUCUGUGUGGCCGUGCUACUCCCGUGGGCGGCCGCGCAAGGGGACUCUGGCGAGGCAGCGUUCCGAAGGAGGAAGCUUUGGGGAGACGAGCAUGAAGAACCCUACGUCAGACUGGCCUUUCCCAAGAAAGGUGCCAAGAAGGAUGCCACGUGGCUGGUGGCGGCGGGGCGCACCGUGAUCCCGGGCUCCGUGUACCGCGUGGUGGUGCAGGCCAUCCACACGUCGCAGCCGCUGGCGAUCCGCGUCGGCCUCGCCCUCGCAGGGGAGCAGGUGGCGGCCGGGAAGGCGUCGCUCAAGCCGGGGGAGAUUGGCGAGAUCCUCAUGAAGGUUCCUGACUCGAGCGUGGACGGCCAGUGGCAUCUGCGCGUGGAGGGCCGCGAGGGCCUGGGCGCCUCCUUCAAGCGGGUGGCAAACCUCACAUUCACCGCAAAGUUCCUCAACAUCCUGAUCCAGCCUUCGCGGCCCGUCUACAACGCCGGCCAGACAGUCCGGUUCCGUGCGGUCCUUCUUACCCGAGAACUCCGCCCUUACGACGAGCCUGUGGACGUCUAUGUCUUGGUAAGUGGCAAUCCCCGUGAUCGUAAAUCCUCUAAUUCCUCUCUGGUUAAUCUGCCCGAUGGCCAGAGUAAGGAGAAUGUCAUCGCCAAUCCCGUGAUUCUUACUCCCUCACUCAGGUGA